UCCCUUCUUCUGUAUAAGCAUUUGUGUGCAAGUGGGAAUACGUGUGAACCUGGAAACAGCUGAACUGAAUUGCCCUUGAGGAUAAAUAAAGCUGUCUGAGUCUGAAUCUGAAUCAGAACAGGUGUUUAUAUACUGAGAUCACUCAGAUUGUUCACAGGUGGAUCUUAUUUAACUAAUUAUAUGGCUUCUGAAGGGUUCAGCUGGGGCUGCAAAAGCAAAAGAGAGUGAAUACAAAUGCACACAUCACUUGUAAUGUUCAGUUUUAUUAAAAACAAGACUAUUCCCCAGUUAGUUACAAUCAAAUAAAAACCUUCAGGUCAUAAAGUUACAAUGUAGAAAAUCCUGGGUGAUCUUUGCUACAGAUGAGUGGUUUGCUCCUGCUAAAAACCUGCUGAAGAGAGAAACACCUCAGUUCAUCCCGUCUGCCUUCACAGAGUUUGGAAAGUGGAUGGACGGAUGGGAGACUAGGAGGAAGCGGAAACCCGGUCACGAUUGGUGCCUCAUCCAGCUGGGCGUCCCUGGCCUGAUCUACGGAUUUGAUGUUGACACAUCUUUCUUCACAGGAAACCACUCACCUCACAUCUCCAUCCAGGCCAGCUGUCUUGACCCGCUGACCACCUUCACCCCAGGGGAAGACCGGACUGGCAUGGCAGCUACAGAGAGUCAGAUGAAUGCUGUUGCCAAGCUGGGCUCUGAAGCGUGGCCAGAGCUGGUGAGUGUUUCGAAGUUGCAGCCUGGAUACUCAGACUGUUGUCACAACUACUUCAGAGUCAACUUUAACAGAAGAGUCACUCACUUGCGCCUCAACAUGUAUCCAGAUGGAGGGAUAGCCAGACUCCGGGUGUUUGGUGUUGGACAGAGGGACUGGUCCACUGUCUCCACCAACCAGGAAAUUGACCUGGUGGCUCUUACCAAUGGGGGAGUCUGUCUCGGGUACAGCGACGCCCACUUUGGACAUCCACGCAACAUGAUCGGUCUUUGUCGAGCUGCCAACAUGGCUGAUGGAUGGGAAACAGCUCGCAGACUGGACCGACCCAAAGAGCUGAAGGUGGAUCAGCGGGGCAUACUGCAAGUUCCGGGCUGGGAGUGGGCCGUAUUUCGUCUCGGUCAUCCUGGAAUAAUCAGCAGCGUUGAGGUCGACACAAAUCAUUUCAAAGGGAACUUUCCAGACUCCUGCCGGAUCGAGGCGUGCCUUAUGAGCCCAGAGGAGGAGGCUGAAAGAAUCAGAACCAGAUGGAGUUCUGGGAAAUGGGGGGUUCUUCUCCCACCUCAGAAGCUCAGUCCUCAUCAUAGGCACCACUACAGCUCCGCAGACUUGACUCUGACCCACCACGUCAGUCACAUCCGACUCAUCAUCGCUCCCGAUGGGGGGGUCAGCCGCCUCCGUCUGUGGGGGAGACCCACGUUGGCUCCAGCCAAUCAGAUCAAACCAACAUCCAAACUCUGAUAACCUGAGAGCCCGUCGGACAUCUCUGAGCAAAACAGGAAGUAGAUUUACUUUCUGUUCACAUCAUUCAAAGGCAAAUAAUAAAAAAACUAAUUGAAUUUA